CGCCGCUCUCCUGCUCCUCCUCCUGCCAUUAGCGCGGAGGAGGGGGCUGUGCUCGCUGAGGCGCCGGCAGCAGGCAGCGAGCGAGGAGAGUACAUGUUACCAUGGCGAUGACUGCAGGGACUACAACAUCGUUUCCCAUGAGUAACCACACCCGGGAGAGGGUGACGGUGGCCAAACUUACACUGGAGAACUUCUACAGCAACCUAAUUAUACAGCACGAAGAGAGAGAAACCAGGCAAAAGAAGCUAGAAGUGGCUAUGGAAGAGGAAGGCCUCGCAGAUGAGGAGAAAAAACUGCGCAGGUCACAACACGCUCGCAAGGAAACAGAGUUUCUGCGACUGAAGAGGACCAGACUUGGCUUGGAUGACUUUGAGUCUUUGAAAGUUAUAGGAAGAGGAGCAUUUGGGGAGGUGCGCCUCGUUCAGAAGAAGGAUACAGGUCAUAUUUAUGCAAUGAAGAUACUAAGAAAAGCAGAUAUGCUGGAGAAAGAGCAGGUGGCCCAUAUCCGAGCAGAAAGAGAUAUUUUGGUUGAAGCAGACGGAGCCUGGGUAGUGAAAAUGUUUUACAGCUUUCAGGAUAAAAGAAAUCUUUACCUGAUCAUGGAGUUCUUGCCUGGAGGUGACAUGAUGACCUUACUAAUGAAGAAAGACACCUUAUCAGAAGAAGAGACACAGUUUUACAUUUCUGAAACUGUGUUGGCCAUAGAUGCUAUUCACCAGCUGGGAUUCAUCCACAGAGAUAUUAAACCAGAUAACCUCCUGCUGGAUGCUAAGGGUCAUGUAAAACUAUCUGAUUUUGGACUAUGCACAGGUUUAAAAAAAGCUCACAGAACAGAGUUCUACAGGAACCUUACACACAACCCACCAAGUGACUUCUCAUUUCAGAACAUGAACUCAAAGAGAAAAGCAGAAACGUGGAAGAAGAACAGACGACAGCUGGCAUAUUCUACUGUUGGAACCCCAGACUAUAUUGCACCAGAAGUAUUUAUGCAAACUGGGUACAACAAGCUGUGUGACUGGUGGUCUUUGGGAGUGAUUAUGUAUGAAAUGCUAAUAGGGUAUCCACCUUUCUGCUCAGAAACACCACAAGAGACUUACAGGAAAGUUAUGAACUGGAAAGAAACGUUGGUAUUUCCUCCAGAGGUGCCCAUUUCAGAAAAAGCAAAGGAUUUAAUUCUAAGGUUUUGUAUCGACUCGGAAAAUAGAAUUGGUAGUAACGGAGUAGAAGAAAUAAAAAGUCACCCAUUUUUUGAGGGAGUGGACUGGGGACACAUCAGGGAAAGACCAGCUGCAAUUCCUAUAGAAAUCAAAAGUAUUGAUGAUACUUCCAACUUCGAUGAAUUUCCUGAAUCUGAUAUUUUACAGCCAGUGCCAAACACAACGGAACCUGACUACAAAUCCAAAGACUGGGUUUUCCUCAAUUAUACCUACAAGAGGUUUGAAGGGCUCACACAGCGUGGCUCAAUCCCUUCCUACAUGAAAGCCGGGAAGUUGUGAAACAAAACACAACCCCACAAAAGAUACAAAAACACAAACCUCAGGUAGCUGCAUCACCAGACCCGCUUGGCAUUAGUUAUCAAUACAUUGACUCUGGUGCGCAUCAAUUUCACAAGGAAAUUCUACAGGAUUAGGAUUUCUGAGACUACUACAGGAAUUAGUUGGCAGUGCCAGCUGGCUGGUUUGUUUUCUUUCUUUUUUUUCUUUUGUUUUUUUCUUUUGUUUUUAAUAUUUGAAUAUUUUUGUUAACUUUAUUAUACAAAGGUACUGGAAUAAAAGGAACGUACAUCCCUUUAACUGCACUGCCUAUGUGUGUAUAACGGUUAAUUAUGCCUCUCUGUACUGUGGCUUUGUACUGUAAACCAUCUAAUCCAGCCAGGAGUAAAACAUAUCCUUUUGUGCAGCAUCGUUACUGUACUGCUUACCUGGGUUUCAGAUAUGCAGUAUAAAAACCAAUUGUCCACAUUUGCAAAAUUCUCUGAACAGUUGCUCCAGGGUGUUCCAGUUGUGGUCUGCAGAUACCCCAUGAGUGUGGCAACAUUGAGUUAUUUUAAAUAGCAAUGUCCUGUGGGCCUAUUUGUACCCUGCCUACAUUUGUUUUUGUCCACUGGAGGGCUUUAUCAUCUGAUCAUUCCUUCUUCUCUUCCUUCCUUUUCCCACUGUGUGUGAUGGUGAGACUGUCCCUGUGAUCUGUUCAGUGGUACUUUUGCUUUAAAUGAUGGGUAUUACUGUUUAAGAUGAUGACGCCUUUUGGCAACUUCAGAAGAAAAAAGGAAUCUGAGUAAAAAUCAUAAAGAUUUUUCACAGAAGGGAGAUUUUCUGAUUACAAGUUCUGAAGAGACAGCAGUUUCCAGGACUGCAUUCCUGCCUGUGCUGGAAAGUAGAUCAUCUUUUUGCUGCUUGUAAUUCAAAUUGCCUCUUCUGUCAGUGCAAAAUGUAUUCUAGAAGAGUGAUCAAAUUGUUGCUUUUCCUUUUUUGUCACCCUGAGAAGUUCCAGGCAGAAGAGAUCCUGCUUUAGCCUUGUCUUUCUAGAAAACCCUGUGUCAGACUCUCCUGUGGUCUCCACUGUCUUCUAGUAUCUCUAUCUAACAUGGACCAUGGGAUUACAAAGGACCAGAUGAGUCUGCAGUUCAGUUUCCAAGAACCACAAACAUCCAUGACUGAAUUAGGCAGAACAUCCAACUGCUUUUCUCCCCGGUCUGCAGGAUGGUGACUGAUUUGAAGCAGAGGCAGGUCUCCUUCUCCUAGGUCAAGGAAACUGAAGCAGAAAUCCCUCCAUAUGCAGCAUAUGGUUUUGUUUCUCAGCCCAGCAGCAGCUGAGGAUUGAAUUGCACACCUCAACAGUUCACAAUUAACUGGUUGCUGGCAAAUUUACCUGUAUCUCUCCCUGUACUAGCAUAUUAUCUGCAAUACUUCGGAUCUAUCACAAUACAGCAGAGAUUUUUGAUGUCAAUUUCUGGUUAAAAGAGAUUUGCAGCAACCAACAAUUCCCCAGCAAUUAAACAAGCAGAGUCACUGUCGCUGUCUUCCUCUGAAAGGAAAUGACAGACACUCUAAAACCUCUGCAGCACCCAUAGGAGUGAAGCACAGGAUGUUUUUGCAUAGAGUAGGGAAGGCUCCAUUAGACUGGCUUUUGCAGCAAAAUGGGACUAUUUAUAAAUCCAUUACAGAAAUAUUUAUUGCUGUUAGGCACCAUGGUGCAGCUGUUCUGAGUUAUUUGUAUGCUUUAAAAACACUGCGGUGUUCAUCUGCAUUUGCCAGCAAGAUUUAUGUGUAUCAGUGGCACAUUCAUGUGCACAUGGUCUUCCCUGAUCCAACAGCUACCAGGUUCAAGGCCUUCAGUGAUGUCUUUCCUCCAUUAUUUUGUUUCCCUUCAGGCAUCUAAUAUGCUAUUUAUACUGCAUUUGUGCAAAAAAUUGUAGUCUUAAGGCCAUUGAAGAGGAGUAGCCAGUGCCUCAAGGACCAUCCAAUUUGUACAGUUUAUGCUUUUGCCUGAAUGUUCAUCACUACCUGGGAACAGUUCAUUGGUCUCCACGUUUUUCUUCCCAGACCUUAUAUGGCUGGGACAAGCUCCCUCAGCAGUUCCCCAGUGUUGUUCUUAGCCUUCUCAGUGUAGUGAAGCUCAACCUGUAUCCAUCCAAAGACUGGCCAAAGAUGGUCACUCACUUAAAUCCAUCUUUACACUUUCAGUUUUCAUUCUGCCCAUGCCCUAGCAGCUUCUGAGGCUUCUCAGGAAAAGAAAUCCCUUUUUUAAGGCCUUCAGUCCAUUCGAUAAGACAGAGGAGCUUGAGCAGAAAAUACCUGCAAUACAAACUUAGCCACAAAGGACACUGCUAUUCAAAAUAGGAUUUUUACUAGUUUUAAUUUCCUGUGUCAUUCAUAGGGCACUUUGUGCAUCAGAAGUGGAAUUCCUGUGAACAACACAUUUCAAAAGACCAGAGUAACCCUAUUCACAUAGUAUAAACAGAAGUCUUUGCUUGAAUGUCCUGAGACAAGAUAAGUUUCAUGGAAACUGCAAAUGCUGAGUAAAUACUGAUGGGUGUUUUUUCUUUAUCCUGCAGGGUUCAGGGGAGGGGAGAUAAAUACACAAUUUAAAACUAUUAAACAACAACGUCUGUACAUACUCACUGGUUUACAAACCUGGGAAAACAGCUCAACCCUCAUAUUUGUAACACUAAAGAUAAUACUCAUUUAAAGUUGAGGAUGAUUAAUCAUAUCAGUGCUCACAUAGGAGUUACAUCCAUAGGGAAACAGCCUGCAGCCUAUUUAGCAUCAACUCCUGCAUUGUGGUAGUUUGUUUUCUGGUUGUUUUGGGAUUUUUUAGACAGCAUUAUUUUAAUCAGUAAGUCAAGUUAAACAUAAUAUUAACUGCUGCUUUUAGGAUAGGGUUUUUUUAAAGGUGAAACUGUGACACUGUAUGGACUAAAGAGAACAGAAGGUUAAUCUACACUGGCUUCAAAAAAUGGAAAUGCAAUGUAUCUGUUAUUAUUUUAUGUCUUAUUCCUUUGGAUGGUUGUGUGUUUUCCUUUGGUGAUGUUUGUCACUGUGCCAUUUAUUUUUCUUAUUCUUGGAGUACCAAAGAUCCUGAAAUGGCUUGAUGAUUGCAACCAUAUGAAAACUUAUUUUCUGGAAGUACGUUUUGUUAACUUCUGUUAAAAAUGUGGAAUUGUGUAUGCAAAUUGUAAUCGGAGGUUUGCUGGGAAGUUAACCCAUACCAGCAGACAAAACCUGAGUGCGUCGAUGGAAGGGGUGAGCCUGAAUCCAAAUCCUGGAUCUGAAUACCCUGCAACUGGGGAGGAAGCUUGGAUUGGGAAACGCAGCUGAGCUUUUGCACUUUGUUCCAUCUCCUAUCAGCAUGAGUGAGUGGCCUUAGCUCCAGGACAUCAGCAGAGGUUGUUUCAUGUGCAAAAGGAGUUAAAAAAAUUGCCAGCAUUCAGAAAUCAAAUAUUGUUGAUACUGCAUUUGCACUGUUGAAUUUGCCUUGCUGGAGAGUUACGUGUUAUUUUUAUAGGUCAAUUGUUCAAACACCUGAGCCGUUGAAUACAGUAUGGAAUAAUAGCAUCUGACAUGGGUGAAUUCACCUAAGUGCAAAGGGGCUUGCUGAAAGCUCUCCACACUAAGAAAAAUGGGCAGAAGCAGUACACAGGGUGUUGCGUCGGCUCCUUCUGAAGAGGUGAUUUUCCUCCUGUGCAGCAGCAAGUAGAGAAUACUGCAGUUUAGCCCAGUUAUACUCUAAUGCUUAGGAAGUGCUCUCACUUUUUCAAUAAUAUGAGCAAUUACAAGCAUUGUAACAUACUGUACCUUGUCCUUUUAAUGUUGAUAUCUUACAGCAGCUCGUUCUUGGAGUCGAAAUGGCAACUGCUAUAUUUUUCCUAGACUGUUUCAUUAGUUGUGGUUGGGAAAGUUACAUAGAAGCAUUAUAAAAAUUUAUAUGAGGCUUUUUACAGCAUUUGAAAAUAAAAGUAGCAUUCUUUUUGUAAA